UGCCCGGCCCCCGCCCUAGGCGCGGGGCAGGAACUGCCGGGCUCAGGCCGAAAGGCUGACAUUCGUGCGGGCGCCGCGGGGACGCAGGGGUUCCGGGGACUCAGCGGACAGCAGGCCUCCCACCGCCCCCAUGCGGAGCCCCGCCUUUCUCGCGCGGCCGUCGCUACUGCUCCUGCUGUGGCCCUGGCCAGUCUGGGCCCAGACACCCACCGCGGCCGCUCCUCCUGGACACUCGGGAGCCCCCGGCUGCCCCGCGCUGUGCGAGUGCACUCCUGGCGGCGAGGCUAACUGCACCGGGCGCGCGCUGGUCGCCGUACCCGCGGGCCUGAGCCGGCGCGUGCGCGUGCUGCUGCUGGACCACAACCGCGUGCGCGCGCUGCCGCCCGGCGCCUUCAUGGGCGCGGGCGCGCUGCGGCACCUGGGCCUGCGCGAGAACAGGCUGCGCUGGGUGCACGCGCGCGCCUUCUGGGGCCUGGCCGCGCUGGAGCUGCUGGACCUCAGCGCUAACCAGCUGGAGGCGCUGGAGCCCGGCACCUUCGCGCCGCUGCGCGCGCUGCGCACCCUCUCGCUAGCCGGCAACCGGCUGGCGCUCCUGGAGCCCACAGCGCUGGGCGCGCUCCCGCACCUGAGCGCGCUCAGCCUGCAGGACAACGAGCUGUCUACACUCGCGCCGGGCCUGCUGGCCAGCUUGCCCGCGCUCAACGCCCUGCGCCUGCGUGGCAACCCCUGGGCCUGCGGCUGCGCGCUGCGCCCGCUCUGCACCUGGCUGCGCAACCACCCGCGGCCGGCGCCAGAGGCUGAGACGCUGCACUGCGUGUCUCCGGGGCGCCUGACUCUCAGCCCCGUGACCGCCUUCCCCGACACCGCCUUCAGCCACUGCACGAAGCCACUCGCUGCGCGGGACCUAGCCGUGGUCUACGCGCUCGGGCCCGGCUCCUUCCUCGCCAGCCUGGCCGCCUGCCUGGCGCUGGGCUCGGUGCUUACCGCCUGCCGGGCGCGCCGCCGCCGCGCCGCUGCCCGCCGCCCGCCAAGGAGACCACCAGACUCCUGCCCGGGCCCAGCUUCGCCCACGGACGCUGGGAGCCCCAUCGCCGCCGCCGAUGCCGCCGCCCCCGUUGUCCAUGCCUGAAUGGACCACGGCUGCCCUCGAAUCUCGCCCCCUAUCCCCUGCCCUCCACACUCCCUGCUGGCGUCAACAAGUGACAUAGGCCGAAA